GCGAGGACUGAGGACCACACACCCUUCUCCUUCGCCACUCUCUUUCUCUCUCUCUCUCUCCCCUACGCCUUCCACUCGCCUUUUUUACCAGAGACCACUCGUCCUUAUUCCCUUCCGUCAGCCAUGGAUCGGACUCCGUCGGAGACGCGGCGGAGCUAUAAGGAUAAAGCGUUGGCCGCCGCCUCUGUGGAGAUGGUGGAGAACGGAGACGUGGAGGGAGAAGAGGAGGCGGAGGAGAGGGUCCAACCGCCGUUGAUUCAGCAGCCGAUGAUAAGGGGGAGAGGAUCUGGAGGUGGGGGUGUCGGCGGGGCCGCGUACCCGAUCUGCCAGGCGGAGAAGUGUACGGCGGACCUGACGGAAGCGAAGAGGUAUCAUCGGCGACAUAAGGUCUGCGAGGCGCACGCCAAGGCGGCGUCGGUCAUCGUUGCUGGACUCCGGCAGCGGUUCUGCCAGCAAUGCAGCAGAUUUCAUGAGUUGCCAGAAUUCGAUGAAGCAAAGAGGAGUUGUCGGAGGCGUUUGGCUGGCCACAAUGAGCGGCGCAGAAAGAGCUCUUCUGAGUCUCAGGGAGAAGGCUCAAGCCGCUGCAUGCAGGCAGAUCAAGGUGGAAAGGUGCCGAUAAACCUCCCUGGAAAUCAAAAUUACAAGCAUUUUCAGAUCAGAUAAGCAUUUAACUUGGCAUGCUCUCUCUCUUCUGUCACUAGAUUGCUUCUGUAUUGAUCAAUGCAAAUGAUUCUGCCCACCAUGUGUGCUCUAGGAAGUGUAUUUAAUCAGCUAUGAAGCUCUGUAUUAUUGCUUAUGGUUUGUAUUAUAACUUAUAGCUAUUUGAUAUUUUAAGAUUGGUAGAACUCUCAUGACCGAACUUGCUAUGUAAAACCGCUUGUACAAUGUAUAAUUGCUAGGUGUUUAAGUUGUGCUUCUUCUACCUUA